AUGGAAGCUGUAGAGAAACAAAGAGGCGGCGUGUUCUUUUUAUAUGGAUACGGUGGGACCGGAAAGACUUUUAUGUGGAACACUUUAUCAGCGGCACUUAGUUUGUUGUUACCAGGUGGAAGAACAACUCAUUCUCGGUUUAAGAUUCCAGUCCCUACUUUAGAUUCUUCAAUUUGCAACAUUAACAAAAAAGAUGAUAUUGCUGGGCUUCUCAAAGUGACGGAUCUAAUAAUAUGGGAUGAGGCUCCUAUGGCUAACAAGUAUUGUUUUGAGGCACUUGACAAGUCAUUGAAAGAUAUUAUGAGUGGAUCAACACAUGGUCAAGAUAAGAUUUUUGGAGGUAAGGUUGUUGUUUUUGGUGGUGACUUCAGGCAAAUUCUCCCUGUAGUACCAAGAGGUACUAGAUCUGACAUUAUUUAUGCAACAAUCAAUUCUUCAUAUCUUUGGGAUCAUUGUAAAGUCCUAAAGCUCACAAAAAACAUGCGAUUACAAAGUGGUGCAGCUACUUCUACAACAGAAGACAUUAGGGCAUUUUCUGAAUGGAUUUUACAAAUAGGUGAUGGGACAAUGUGCGAGCCCAAUGACGGUUAUGCUGAUAUUUGUAUUCCCGAAGAGUUUUUAAUUGCUAAUUUUGAAGAUCCUAUUAAAGCUAUAGUAGAGGAUACAUACCCUGAUCUUAUUCAUAAUUAUCUUGACUCCAACUAUCUUCAAAGUCGUGCAAUUUUAGCAUCAACAAUUGAGGUGGUGGAUGAUAUCAACCAAUAUAUCACAACUCUUAUUCCAGGGGAGGAGAAGGAAUAUUUUAGCAGUGAUUCAAUUGACAAAUCUGAUGCAAAUAGCUUUGAUGGAUACGAGCAUGUCACACCCGAGUUCCUUAAUGCACUCAAAACAUCUGGAUUGCCAAAUCAUUCUAUUAAGUUGAAAGUUGGUGCGACCAUCAUGCUAAUGCGCAACCUAGACCAAUCGGAAGGCUUGUGCAAUGGAACACGACUAACAGUGACUAGGCUUGCUAACCACGUCAUUGAAGCUAAAAUCAUUUCUGGUAAAAAUGUUGGUAACAUCAUUUAUAUUCCAAGAAUGUCUUUGUCGCCUUCCCAAUCACCAUGGCCAUUUAAAUUGGUGAGAAGACAAUUUCCAAUAAUUGUCUCAUUUGCAAUGACAAUAAACAAGUCUCAAGGACAAUCUCUUGACCAUGUUGGGUUAUAUUUACCUAAAGAAGUAUUUAGCCAUGGUCAAUUGUACGUGGCUAUCUCUAGAGUUAAAUCAAAAAAGGGUCUUAGGAUUCUUAUUCAUGAUAAAGAUAAAGAAGCUUUGACUAUUACAACCAAUGUGGUGUUCAAGGAAGUAUUCCAAAACAUUAAUUAG